AUGGCUGUACCGGCUGGGCAGAGACCGCGGAAAGCGCUCGUGAUGUACCCAGAGUCGCAGCGCUACGUCGUCGACUCGCUUCGCUCAGCGUUCGCGCAACGCUUGCCCGACUGGACUUUCAUCUCUCAGGAGGACGAACUCGACGGCGACAAGCCAGACCUGCAGUUCUGCGACUACGAUGCACUCAACUUUGAAUGGGCAAUGGUUGAGCGCACCCUGCUCAACUCGUAUGUGAUCAGGAAAGGCCUCAUUCGCAAAUCCAACCUCGCGCACACGAUCGCCCUGUACCUCUCGAAGAAGCCUGACUCUCCCCUGCGCCAAGCUACGCCCAAAACUUUCCACUUUUCGUGCUCGUUUGCCGACGAACUCGACGAGCUUCUCAUGGACGACCUGUACGAGGUCGAGCAGUCUUUUGCCGAGGCGGAGAAUGGCGGAGAGGAGAAGUGGUGGAUCUUGAAGGCGGCGCUGGCGGACAAGGGCAACGGAAUUCGGCUGUUCUCGUCACGGGAAAUGCUCGAGAAUAUCUUCCGGGAGUUUGAGCCGGAGAGCGAUGAUGAGGAAGACGAGGAGGAAGAGGGGGAGGGGCAGACCGAGGGCAUAUCGCGAGCGGCGAUGUUUGGUGCGGACACUCGGGUGGAUGCGACGCAGCUGCGAGAAUGGGUCAUCCAGGAAUACAUCUCCUCACCAUUGCUGCUCGACCCCGCGCCCAACUCGAACGAGCGAGGGACAAAGUUCCACCUUCGAGUCUACGUUCUCGCCGUCGGCGGUCUCACCGUCUACGUCCACCACCCUUUCCUCGCCCUCUUCGCCUCGUCGCCCUAUUCUCCUCCUUCUCUUGACGAGGAAGCCGAGCGAACAGGCGAGUUCGACUUGUCGGCACACCUCACGAAUACUUGCCUCCAGACGAGCGUGCUGGGCGAAAAGGCACCGACGGUCUCGGUCAGUACGCUGCAGGGCAUGGCGGACAAGGUCAUCCUGGGCGGGCCACACGAGGGCGAGAAGCUGGGCGAAGAGAGGAUAGCGAAGAUUGAGGAGGACGUGCGAGAAACGAUCGCUGAGGUGUUCAAGGCGGCAGUCGGUGCGGGCUCGUCUUUCCAGGUCCUUCCGAACGCCUUCGAGAUCUUCGGUGUCGACUUGCUCGUCGACGACCGUUUCCAAGUCUCGCUUCUAGAGAUCAACGCCUGUCCCGACUUCAGCCAGACCGGCUCGGAGCUGCAGAGCAUCAUCGACCACCUCUUCGCCUGCACCCUCGACAUCGCCGUCAAGCCCUUCUUUGCUCAGCAAGAUUCGAAGGCGUCAUAUCAAGACGAACUGGUAGACACGUUCGAGCGAUUAGACGUUGGCGGGAGUCGUGGGCUGAAGGAGGUCUUGCGAAUGCAAGUCAGGAAGGCUUUCUGA